UAUUUCCUAUGAGAAGGGGGGAAUUUUUAUUUUGAGAACAAAUUUUCCCGGAAAAUUGAAGGAUAUGCGAUUCUGGCGGUGCGGGUGGCCGUCCGAUGAGAGAUCGUCGAAGGAGGAUCAUCGUCGUUGAUGGGAUUUGUCGAGUUACAAAUGACUUGGCAGCCGAGUCUACUCAGUGAAAAACGGAAGAAGGGACCCCCUUUAGGCUUAAGAAAUCUCGGCAACUCGUGUUACCUCAACAGCGUUCUUCAGUGUCUCACCUACACUCCACCGCUCGCCAAUUUCUGCCUCCGCUCCCGACACUCCUCCUCCUGCGACGCAUCAGCCUCCAAAAAACCCCGCGACUGCCCUUUCUGUAUCCUUGAAGCGUGGAUUGCACGCUCCUUAACCCUCGAUCUCACCCUCGACUCGCCUUCCAAGAUCCAAAGCUGCAUUAAAAUCUUCGCUGAACACUUCCGGUUCGGCCGACAAGAGGAUGCCCAUGAGUUCUUGAGGUACGUCAUCGAUGCUUGCCAUAACACAUGUCUUCGUUUAAAGAAAUUGCGGCGAAAGGUAAGUGAAGGCGGGGGAGGCGGGGGAGAAGCAGUGAAUGGCAAUACCGUAGUUAAAGAGAUCUUCGGCGGUGCUUUGCAAAGUCAGGUUAAGUGCUUGGGGUGUGGUGGGGAGUCAAAUAAAGUUGAUGAAAUUAUGGAUAUUAGUCUUGAUAUUUUGAAUAGUGGUUCACUUAAAGAAGCUAUGCACAAGUUUUUUCAGCCUGAGGUUUUGGAUGGAAAUAAUAAGUACAAGUGUGACAAUUGUAAGAAAUUGGUGGCAGCAAGGAAGCAACUGUCUAUACGUCAGGCACCAAAUAUCCUUGUUAUUCAAUUGAAGAGAUUUGAGGGAAUACUUGGUGCGAAGAUUGAUAGGCUAAUUACAUUUGAUGAAGUUUUGGUUCUUUCAAGCUUCAUGUCCAAAGCAAGCCAGGAUCCACAGCCAGUGUAUAACCUAUUUGGUACAAUUGUGCACUCAGGAUAUUCACCAGAAUCUGGGCAUUAUUAUGCAUAUAUUAAGGAUGCAAUGGGCAGGUGGUAUUGCUGCAAUGACACCUUUGUCUCACUUUCAACCUUACAGGAGGUCUUGUCUGAGAAGGUUUAUAUUCUUUUCUUCUCUCGUGCUAACCAAAGGACAGGGUCUCACGGGACCACUGUUUCUUCUAAUGGAGUUAAACAACAUGAUUCUAAUGGAAGUGAGGCAUCCAAAAUCCUGAAAGCGGUUCAAUUGAAACCAGUCCAAACAAAACCUUGUGUUGAGCAAUCUUCACAGAAGGUUGGAAAAUUGUCUUCUAGCCCUCGUGUGAAAUUCAAUAUUUCUGAAAAGCCUGGUCCCAGAAAGCUUCCCCUUACGAGUAAUGGAAAAGUUGAUUUCCAUAAGACUCAGACCAUUGCUGUGAAUGGAGUUUCAAUGGAUUCAAUUCGUAUGGAGAAGAAUGGGAAAGACACUUUGUCAUCGAUGAACAGGAAUUGUACAGACAAAAUUGGAAAAGUUGAUGUUGUUGCUGGUGGAAAUAACCAACAAUUUGCAUGGUCCAAUGGAAAUAAACCAGAUUCUUUUGUAGUUAAUGGUACCAGGAGCAUGGCGGUCAGAGGGCAGAUUGAUACUACGCUUUCUGAUGCCUCUGAUAACUUGGGGCAAAAGAAAAGUUCAGAAAACUCUUGUGCUAUUUCAGUACCGAAGAUAAAAUCUGAAGAUUCUUAUGAUAUUUUAGGGACAAAGCAUAAAUCCGAAGAUUCUUCUGAUGUCUCAGGGGCAAAGAGAAAAUAUGAAAAUUCCUGUAAUUUCUCGGGGACGAAGAGAAUAUCUGAAUAUUCCUGUAAUUUACCAGGGUCAAAAAGAAAAUCUGAUGACUCAUUUGAUAACUCAGUUCCAAUGACAAAGCCGAAAGACUCCUCUUUUAACGUAAGGGGGAACAUAAAAUUUAAAGACUCGUGUAAUCACUCAGGGCUAAAGGAAACAGAAGGCAUUGGUGAUUUCUCGAUGCUAAAGGGAAAAUCCUGUGUUUUGCUUUCCCAGGAUGCCCAAUCUCGAGCAGAAGUUGAAAAGAUGAAAGAAAUGUUGAAAAACAAAGCUUCUUCAGUUUUGCGAUCUUGUGGCUGGUAUGUUGAUGUUUACAAUUUCAUGCAUUCAAAGAAGCAGUCAUAUGCACAGGAGACUGGAAGCACCCAGAGUGAUAAUGAUUUAGAGAAGAAGCUGAUUGCAGAUGCAAAGCCAACCUUUAUUCCACAAAUACCCGAGUCACUGAAGGAGGAAUUAAUUAAACAUCUCCAAUCUUUCAGCCAAACAAACCGAGAAUCUCCAGAUCCUUGACUGGCAUUCUUGCCAAUGCUUUCCGCAGUCGUGGUGUAUAAUCUGUAUUUUAGAUUGGUAUUGUAGCGAAAGAACAUUAAUCGGCGUACAUUAGUCCUCUCUUUGAGCAACUUCCAGCGAUGCCUGUCGUUUUCCCGAUGCCCGAGUUCAAAUAUUGCCGGAAGACUCAACAACUCGAAGUCGAUUUUUCUUUUUCCGGCAAAGAAGGAAUCUUUAAUUCAUUUUGUAAGAUAUGCAUUUUUGGGGAACACAAAUUAUUAGCGUUAAAAUCUUGAUUUUUCAUGGAUGCAUAAAUGACAAUUUUCCCAUAAAAAUUGUGGUGUCUAUAAUGAAAGCUAUGAAAUUGAGUUA